AUGGGAAGUGGCAUGCGAAAAUCGGAACUACGGCUGAAGAAAUGUGACAGAGUGACCAUCUCAGUUCCAGCAAUCAGGGCGGCUCUGUUGAUCCAGCGCUGGUACCGUCAGUACGUGGCCCGGCUGGAGGUGAGACGCAGGUGCACGUGGAACAUCUUCCAAUCCAUUGAAUACGCAGGAGAGCAGGACCAGAUUAAGCUCUACAAUUUCUUUGGCUUCCUGAUGCACCACUUCACCCCAGCCAGCAGUGAGAGAAACCUCAUAUCGCACAUCUUUCGCGAGAAUGAAAUCUGCCACCACGCAGAGUGGGAGAGGUAUUUCUGCUGCGAGAGCGUCGAGGUACCAGACAGCUAUGCCGGCCCCCACCUGAUCUUCCCCAUGACCUUCUGCGGGGUGUCGAAGCUGGUGGAGGCCUUCAAGCACAAACAACUGCUCCAUGCUCGCUACGUUCUGCAGCUUCUCGGAGAGACCUGGAGACUCCUGAGAACUCUUACCAACAUCAUUCAUGUCUCCACCUGCCAUACGAAGGAGAUCACCAUAUGCGGGGACUUGCACGGACACCUCGAGGACCUGCUGUUGAUAUUCUAUAAGAAUGGUUUGCCGUCCUCCGAGAAACCGUAUGUCUUCAACGGAGACUUUGUGGAUCGGGGCAAAAACUCCUUGGAGAUCCUGCUCAUCUUGUUUGGGUUCCUGCUGGUCUACCCCAAUGACGUGCACCUCAACAGAGGGAACCAUGAGGACCACAUUGUUAACAUGAGAUAUGGUUUCACUAAAGAAGUUCUGGGCAAAUACAGGGUGCAUGGCAAGAAGAUCCUGAAGCUUGUCAAGAAGAUCUUCAGCUGGCUGCCCCUGGCCACAGUGAUCGAUCAUAAGGUGCUGGUGGUGCACGGAGGGAUCUCCGACACGACAGACCUCGACAUGAUAGCCAGAGUGGACAGACACAAAUACGUGUCGGCCCUCAGGCCUCCUAAGACGACCCAUCAUUCAGUAAACGAUGAUAAAACCAUGAACAACAAUGACAGAGAAGCCAGUGGUCCAGUGGAAGCCAGGCGUCGAGUGUGCUCUUUUAGCCACCACCGCUCGCCGCCACCUCAGUGGUAUAACCUACCUCGCCGCUCACUGCACAACCUGCCAAUGAGCCGUCAGCUCAGUUGGUCGGUGGAGGAGGAGCUCAAGAGGAGGCGCAGGCUGGCUGGGCUUGACCAGCCCUAUGGUGAGCUGCAGAGAUCUGACUCUGACCCAGAGUGCAGGGCGACAACAGAGACAGACGAGCAUGAGUGGAAACAGAUAGUGGACGUGUUGUGGAGUGACCCCAUGCCCCAAAAUGGCUGCGUUCCCAAUGAGGUGCGAGGUGGAGGCUGCUACUGGGGUCCAGACGUCACUGAGGAGGUGCUGAGGAGACACAACCUGCAGCUCCUCAUCCGCUCCCAUGAGUGCAAACAGGACGGCUACGAGUUCUGCCACAACCACAAGGUGCUGACAAUAUUUUCGGCCUCAAACUACUAUGAGGAGGGCAGCAACAGAGGAGCCUACAUCAGAAUGGGCCCUGACCUGGUCCCACACUUCAUUCAGUACCAGGCCAGCCGGACGUGCAGAGAGCUCACCCUGAGACAAAGUGUUGGCUGGACGGAGAGAUCAGCGCUACGGGCCCUGAGGGAACAACUGUUUGUGCAUAAGUCAGAUCUCAUCAGUGCUUUCCAGGAGUUUGAUCCUAACAACACAGGGAUGAUCAGUCUGAGGCACUGGGCCAGUGCCACAGAGAAUGUGCUGAAGCUGGGUCUGCCCUGGAGGGUGCUCCGCCCUCAGCUUGUCAGCAGCACCCAGUACAGCAUGGUAGAUUACCAGCAGUGGAUAAGGGAGCUCUCCAUCACUGAGCCCAAUCUGGAGAUAUCUGACACCAGCAUCCUGGAGACUAUGUACAAGAACCAUUCAAACCUGGAAACCAUCUUUCGAAUCAUAGACACAGAUCACUCUGGUUCGAUCUCUUUCGAAGAGUUUCGUCAGACCUGGAAGCUGCUGAGCUCGCAUCUGAAGACUGAGAUCAGCGGCGAGGCCAUCGCAGACCUGGCCCAGAGCAUCGACUUCAACAAGGAUGGGAGCAUCGACAUCAAUGAGUUCAUGGAGGCCUUCCGGCUGGUGGACCUCUCCUCACAUACCUGA